GUCAUCGGUCAGUUCAAGUGCGACUCGCUGCAGGUAGACUUGGUAGACUCUAAAGUGAAGUUAGCUAGCCACCAUGAUUGUGUAUUUUCAAUUAAUCCUGCUUAGUUUGUUCGUUCUUCACAUAUGGAUUCGAUAUCGCCGCAUGGGUCGAGUAGUUGAUAAAAUACCUGGACUGCGGCCUUUGCCAUUUCUUGGCAAUAUGUUAAGUUUUGCAGUGGACAAACAUCAAUUAUGGCUUACUAUGCGGGGUCUUGCCAAAAUAUACACCAUAACAAGAGUAUGGUUUUUCACUCGUGCUUGGGUCGUUACCCGUGAUCCAGAUGACUUUCAGAUACUACUUACGAGCAAAGUUAAUUUGAACAAAAGAGCCCUAUACGAGCACUGCUUAAAAUUUGCGAAAACUGGUCUUCUCACAAGUAAUCGUGAAAAAUGGAGUCAGCGUAGAAAAAUCGUGAGUACCGGAUUCCACUUUAACAUCAUGAAAAAAUACGUUGAGAUUACGGGUGAACACGCGGAGCUAUUCACAAAAAAAAUUAAAUCGAAUGGCAAAGAAUCUUCUCUGAAUGUCGUGCCAGUGUGUUCAGAUCUUAUGUUACGAAUUAUAUGUGAAUCAGCAUUUGGCGUUAAUCUUAAUAAAUUGGACCCCCAACUUGUAGAUCAAUACAGCGAAGCACUGCACGUCGUAUACGAUACUGUAGUUUACAGAGCAACAAGACCAUACAUCAGAGAAUGGAUGAUGGACUUCCUACCCAUCGGCUGGAAACUGAAUCGCGCUAUCAAAAUUCUUCAUAGCUUUUCUGACAAGAUUAUACAAGAACGGAGAGAUUAUUACAACAAACAAGCAGAAAGCCGGACGUAUCAAAGUUUUGUGGAUGAUGUUGAUACCGACAAUGAAAAUACGCUGGGUGAACGUAAAAAAAGGCUGGUCAUGCUUGACGUGUUAUUAUCAGCAGAGAGGGAAGGCCUCAUAGACGCGGAAGGUGUUAGAGAAGAAGUAGACAUAUUUACAGUCGCUGGUCACGAUACAACUGCAGUUACGAUGGCUUUUAUGUUAAUGUUGUUUGCUGAACAUUCAGAAGCACAGGAUCGAGUGAGAAAAGAAGUUACGAAAGUUUUUAAUGAAUGUGGAGGCAAACUGACUAUUACGGAAACCCAAAAGUUAGAAUACUUAGAUCGUUGUGUCAAAGAAACCUUGAGAUUGUAUCCACCUUUUUCAAUUUUCGCACGUUACAUCGAUGAAGACGUUCAACUGAAAAAGUACCUCGUUCCCGCUGGCGUCGAUGUACUAUUUUUAAGUUACGAUGCGCAUAGAGAUCAUAGGCAUUGGCCAGAUCCAGAUAAGUUCGAUCCUGACAGAUUCUUGCCAGAAAACGUGAAAAAACGCCAUCCGUAUGCUUACGUACCAUUUAGCGCUGGUCCUCGCAACUGCAUCGGCCAGAAAUUCGCAAUGCACGAAGUUAAGUCAGUGCUAGCUCACGUUUUGUAUAACUUUAACCUCGAACCUGUUGAUAACAUAGCCGAUAUAAAACUCGAAACCUAUAUCAUAACGCAACCCUGUCACCCGUUUCAUGUGAAAUUCAUCGCAAGGAAUGCAAACUGAUGCGAAGCACAGUGUAGGAGAAGCAAUAUCAAUCGUUAUACGAAA